CUCUAUGUAGGCAUAUCACAGUUAUUCUGUUUUUGAGUGUCGACGUUGAAAGAACGUUUACCAACUGUAACGCGCUCCCGGUUGUGUUGAUGGUGAACGCAGUGCAGUGCUUAUAACAGAAAUUACCAAAAAAAAAGCAAAAAAAAAAACACCAUAACAUAACAUAACAUAACACAUACAAAUGGAUAUUUAAAACAAGUGCUAAGAGAAAAAAAAAAUAAGAAAUAGAAAAAGGCCUUUGGCAAAGGAGGUCCUUGCAAAAGGAUUUUAAUUUGGAAAAAAAUAUCCUCUGAAAUUGAAACCUAAGAGAAAAAAAGCAAAAGAAAAUAAACGGAUAUUUUGCAAAUCUAAGGACCCACCCCUCCCACCUAACUGUAGUCCAUCAAUAUAAGUCUCCCCACUGCCACCGCAGCAAAAAGAAAAACCAAUCAUAUGUGACUUUUGCAAAAUUUGCCAGAUCAAAAUAAAGUGUGUGUGUGUGUGUGUGCGUGUGAGUGAUUCAAGUGGAAAAUCCUUCUUAACCCCUUAAGGGCUGAGAGUGCUCAAGUGAACGUAAUCAUCUGCAGCAGCAUACGCCGCCAUCAUGGAUAGUUCUCCGGAUCUAUCCUUGAAAUUAAGGCGUGGAUCGAGUGAUUCGCGUGAUAAUUUCUACAUGGACUUUGCCCAAGGCAUAGACUCCGACAUAGAGGAGGUCGACAACACCGCCUUGGAACAGGCCACAGCACCGCCGCUGCCCCUGGUGGGCGAUGGCAUGGAUUAUAUGGUCAUUCCACCGCCACCACCUUCGGUGAUGAGCGUUAUGCAGCAGCAGCCCAUGGGCUUGCCCACCGUUAGUGAACAUGAGGAUAUGCCUCCCACACCGCCGCCCCAGAUGACGGUAUUGCCCUCACCGCCGGCCUCGCCCACAACUUCGGUUCUGGAAAUGAUGCCGCCACCUCCCAUGUCCCCACCGCCAUCGAUGAAUGCCAAUCGGGUGUUGCCACAACCGCCUUCGCCGCCCUUGGAAACAGAAGAUGAAGACGAUGAUGAUGACGACGAAGACGAAGUCAAUGAGACGGAUGACAAUGAAAAUGUUGCCGAAUCCACACCCGAUGAGGAGGCCGAAGAAACUGAUGACAAGGAGACCGAUGAUAAGGAGAGCGAGGCUGAAGAUCAGGACGAUGACAAUGAUGGCGAUGAUGAGGGGGACAAAGAUUCACCACCCCCACCCUUACCGCCCAUACCCAGCCAUUUGGCCUAUGGUCGCAACCAGGCGCAGCAGCCUUCACCGCCCGAUGAUGAAGAUGACAGUCAUUUGCCGCAACCCAUGCAGGGUCAAACACCUUCCACUUCGCCCUCGCCUCCAGUAACACCCCCACCUUGCCCAGCCUUGAGUUCUAUACAGAAAAUUGUCUCACCACCGCCCACACAUGUUUCACAGAUACCACCUUUAACCCCACCCUCGGACAGUGAUCAGUCACAGCCGAAUUCGCCACCACCCAUAUCAAAACAUUCGCCCCUGACCAUGCCUUCGACACCACCGCCACCACCCGAAUGUGAUGUGGUCGAUGAUGAGCAGCCACCCACACCACCGCCUGAGUUUGGGCAACAGGAUGAAGAAGAAGACGAAGAAAAUCCCGAAGAGGAACAGGAGGAGGAGGAGGAAGAAAACCCCGAGGAAGAACCCGAAAUAGAUUUGUCCGGGGUAACUGAUGAACCUUCCUUGGAUUUGGUUCAGGAAGUUCUGCACGAAGCUGCUCAGAAAGCUCUUAAUGGGGAGGAGAAUAAAUCUUCCCGCGAUGAUGAUUCCACUACCAUAACAACUCCUCCCACCAAUGGCUAUUCUGCCUCCUCCAUGUAUAAUCAUCAGCAAGAGGAAGAGGAUGCAGAGCAUUUAAUGGCCAGUAUACCACCUCCCGCUGGUCUGGAGGAUACCCACGAAGAUGAGGAGGAUGGUACCAAGACCCCAGUAUCGGAGACCAAACCUUUGGAUUUGGAUGAAUUAUCCUCCGACCGCAUGCCACCACCACCCUUGGGGCGCGAGGCCAGCGCCGAGGAAGAUGCUGAGAAACGCUCUUCGUUGCCCGGCACUCCCACUUCGCAAGUAUCACAAAUUUCCCAAGCAACGCCCACUCCCACGGUAUCCGGUUCGCCAAAACGUAAAAGUAGUGUAACCAGUGGCGGCGGUAGUCGUGUUCCUAGUCGCAGUGUCAGUCGCAGUGGCAGCCGUAGCGGUGGCAGUCGCACCGCCAGCCGCCAGGGCAGCAUACGCGGUGGAGCCAGUGGCGGCAGUGGUAGUGUAAGUUCACGUGCUGGUAGCAUAGCUGCUGCCUCGGUUGCCUCGGCAGCCGCUUCCAUUGUUUCAGCCUCACAAUCGAUUAAGGCCGAAGGCAUAAUCUCGCCACCAUUGUCACUCAAAUCGGAAUCGCGACACAUUCGAGCGGCCAGCAGCAGUGGCGAUGAGACCCUGCGCCAUAUUACCAGCCACACGACCACAACCAGUACCACAACACCGGUGACGGUGGCACCUACCCCCAAUCUUUUGGUAUCGCCGGAGAGUGUGUCACACACUUCAUCUGUGUCACCGGCCAAACUAUCGGCUCGCAUACGUGAAUCGGGCUCCCAACACAGGGUGACCAUCGAUGAAUCGAAUCUACCAGUCGCCUCUCAACUGACCUGUGGCGGUGGCGGCGAUGGUGAUGGUGACGGCUCAGGUCCACCCUCGCCGGGUACAUCGUCGCAGCAACAGCUGACAGGCGAUGAGCGUCAAACGGGUCAUUUGGCUCUGAUGUAUCAUUCGAGCCAGCUGACCAGUUAUCCUGUGUUGCCGGCCAUCAAGCGAACACAUCGUCCUUCCUUUGUCUAUCCACCAAUGCCAAGAGUGAAAAAAAGUGAUGCUCUGGCAACAUUGUUCUCAGCCUUGUAUGGCAAAUUAUUGGUUGUUAUGGGUAUUGCAUUUCCAAUGGCUGAAGUUAUCUCAACCUACAUCCCACCUUCGUUCUAUGAGGUGUACUAUUUGUAUCUCUAUAUAGGCAGCAUGAUUUUCCUACUUUUCAUGUAUGCCACACUAUUAUGGGGACGACCUAAAAUACCUGCCAAUAUAGCUUCACCUACCAAACUGUCAGCGAAAACACGUUCCACUAGCGCCUCAGAAAGUAUGGAUGAAUCUGAUACGGAUAGCACUUCAACGCAUCGCAAUAAACGCCUGCCUCCGGCUCUAUCAUCGGCGAGAAGGCCAUCACUAUUAUCACCAUUGGGGCGACAGCAUCAUUAUGGUAGUUUCUAUUUGCGAAUGGGUGCUGUGGCCUUUGGCAUUGGCAGCAUGAUCUAUUCGGGUCUGGAAUUUGGUCAAUAUUUUGAACUGAAUCCCGACACCAAAUGCCAUAAUGUUUUGUUGGCUUUAACACCGGCCACAAGGAUGGCAUUUAUUUUUAUACAGAUGUAUUUUAUAUUCUUGAAUAAUGAGCAAAUCAAAGUCUACCGCUACAAAAUCAUUGCUCGUUUCGGUCUCAUGCAUAUGAUUGGCACAAAUUUGGCAGUUUGGCUCAACGUUCUGAUACAGGAGACAAAGCACGAAAUUUUAACAUUUUACAAUCCUGAAAAUCGCACCCUUCGCAUAUCACAUCGAAUACCAGGCCAUUCUAGGGCUCACUCUGUGCUGGCACCUGCAGAUCCAAAUGUGCUGCUGCGAGUGCCACGAGGCCUCAAGGGUCCGUAUCAAAUAUUCGAAUGUCGACGUACAAAUAUUUUGGGUACAUUGGUGCAAGAUGCCUCGCCUUUCCUCUUUCCCUGCACUAUUGAAUAUUCGUUGAUUUGUGCCGCCAUAUUAUAUGUCAUGUGGAAGAGUAUUUCAAGGCCACAAGCGCCCAAGCCCCAGCGGCCCGACAUGAUAAGCUCACCCAUAAAGAGAUCACCUCAUCAUUACUCGGUGGAUUGUGCCAGAGCCCAUAAAGGUCUAUUUGUGGGCAUAUUGAUUUUGGUAUUGACCAUAAUAUCGCUAAUACUCUUCUUUGUGCUGAUCUCAAGGCCUGACUUUGUGGCCUUAGCCGUUAUGGAGGUGACCAUAUGUGAGUUGUUUAUCUAUGGCACGGCGACUAUAGCCACUUUGGUGGGAAUGUUCCAAAUACGCCAUCUGCAAUACGAUGCAUACAGAAGUUUCUCGCUUGAUGACAUAUUGCUGGUGGGGGCCCAAACGGGUUCGUUCUUGUACAAUAUCUUUACUGUAAUAGCUGGCCACUUUUCGCUGCGAAGUGACGAUUGGCUGGUGCCCUUGAACGCCUUGGCCUCCAUUGUACAAACUGCCUGCCAAACUAUGUUUAUUUUAGAUGCCAGCCGGCGUCAAGCGGUGACGCCUGAGCACAUGCGCAAGAAACCCGGCAGAGAGGUGGUCACCUUUAUGCUAGUGGUCAAUCUGGCCAUGUGGGCCAUAAGUACUUUAGAAAAGUCGCGAGCCGAAUCACAUCCCAUUCAGCUGAACUUCUAUGGCCUGUGGGCGUGGACAAUCAUCACGCAUGUGUCAAUGCCUUUGGCGAUAUUCUAUCGCUUCCAUUCGACGGUGUGCCUAUGCGAAAUCUGGAAGCGGGCCUAUAAGCUGAAGCCGACGUAUAUGUGAGAAUUAGCCCGUGAGCGCAUUGCUAGCAUUGCGCAACAACAACAAUUUUGUGAAGAUCUUAAAACCAAUCUAUCGUAUUGUUACUGCUCCACGACCAUAGUUGAGACCAUCGAGGAGGCGGACAGUAAUGGCAGCGGCAAUGGCAAUGGCAAUGGCAACGGCAAUGGCAGCAAUAAGGGUGGAGCCAAUGGCAGCGCCCCCGAAGAUAAGGCCAACGGUUCGGAGACCACCACUGUGGUGGUUGAGGGUGCAGCGGGUACCGGUACCGAAGCCACUGAGGAAGAAGAUCUCGAGACCACAGACAAUGAAACGGUGGUGGUGGAGAGCAAGCAACAGGUGCAACCUCAACAACAAUCCUCAAGAAAGUCCAGCGCUGGAGGUGGGGGUGGCAAUAAUGGUCGUGCUUUUUGUCCGGUUUAUAUAAUAAAUGGUCAAUGAGUUUAUAUGCAAUUUGAGUUCAUUGAUGCCGUAUCGCAGAAGGAGCUCACUUUUGUCUGAAGCAGUUAAAUGGCGGUGUGCAGAAAGCAGCGUGUAAGAUUAGAAAAGCGUAAUACAGAAUCCAUGUUAAUGAUCCUUUUGAACUCUCUCUCUACAUUAAGACGAAGUCGCGGGAAGAAGAAGAACAAAAAAUGUUUAUCACUUAAACCAAAAAGAAAAAAAAAAAAAAAAAACAAAAAUAUAAACAAAACUUAAAACGAAAAAACUGACCAAUUUUUUUUUGUUCAUGGAAAAACAAAGCAAGGAAGAGGAAAUUACAAAAUUUUGACGGAAAAGAUGUAGUUGGUAAAAUAUUUAAUUUUUUCUUAAAUGGUGGUUUGCUUUGAAGCUAAAGAAUUUUCCGGGAGAUAAGUCAUUGUUAAAUAUUUGCGUUUUUGAAGUCACACAAUUUUUGA